CAUCUCCCAGUCUGCCCUCUCCAGGCUGCGUUCUCUCACUGGCUCCGGAGGCACUCGGAGGAGCCACCUCUGGAUCGAAAGCGCAUUUCACUCGCCUCUGCGCGCGUGCAUGCAGCGCUGGACGUCGCUCCGCAGAAAUCUACAAUUACACGGAGCUCUAGCAACAACAACAGCCCUUCCUCUAGGUUUUAUUCUGUGGGCAGCAGCUGCGAGCACUUUGGAGCAUCUGGGCAGGUCGGUCUUUAUCGAGAGAGAUGGGACGCUAUGAGAGAAACAUAGAGGAGAGGGAGGAGAUAGCAUAGAUAAAGAAAAAAGGUCGGAAAGAGGAGCGCGCAAGAACGAAAUCCGGGACCUGGAGCAGCUCCACAGCAAGUAUCUGACCUCCUCCUCCUCCUCCUCUUCCUCGGACGGUGGCUAAACUGGUUGUUGAAAUGGAGAUGUCGAGAGUUGCGUCUCCUCCUCCAACACACGCGCUGCUGAGGCUGCUCACGAUGAUGAUGCUGAUGAUGGUGUUUGCGUAGGAGUGCUUUAUUUUGCGGCCAGCGUUGGUUAACCAGUCUCUAUUCUGUUCAAACAACUCCAGACAAGCGCUGGAUGCAACUGCGUGUGCGUGGCUGCAGGCGGCACAAAAAGACCUCUCCCAGAAAUCAGCUUUAUUUCUGCUCUCUAUAAUUGGAGCUCGUUUUGGGAGAGUUUUUCACUUCUCUCUCUCUUCGAGUAUGGAAUCGGACAUGAUAUUAUUUUGGAUGUGAAUGACAAGAGUGUGUUUGGAAAAGUAGAAACAAACAGCAUUAACGAGAGGAUUUUGCUUAAAGGACUCACAACUGGAACGGAUCAGUUGUUCGAGGCUUUUCCUGCACCCCCAUUGAAAUCAGUGUUCGGCUGAUUACAUUAUCAAACACUGGGGACUUCUUCCUGUUCCAUUGCUCUCAUUGCUCGGGGGCUGAGAAGCGGCAGAGGUCGGGACCUGAGCUCCGAGGAGCCCCCACCACCUUCGAUGUGACACAAAUGAAUUCCUCUUAUCUCUGAAGGGUGUUGAUGGAGAGCCAUUCGAAUGACAGCCGGGACAGUGGUCAUCACUGGUGGAAUUCUUGCUACGGUUAUAUUACUCCUUAUCAUCGCAGUACUGUGCUACUGCAGGCUGCAGUAUUAUUGCUGUAAGAAGGAAGAGUCGGAGUCGGAGGAGGAGGAGCCCGACUUUGCCGUUACGUCCCGCCUACCGCCGGUCCACUCCAAUCAUAACAUUGUGGCGGCGACGGCCGCCGCCUCCUCCAUCCCCAAUGGCCCCGCCUUGUUCUCCACCCCUCCGCUGGCCAGGAAACUGACUCGCUCACAGACCUUCUGUCCAUCCUGUACACACUAUGAGAUGCCUUUCUACCUCCAGCCCCCUCAGCCACAGAUCCACCACCAACCAGAUGGGUUGAGGAACGGCGGCGACCGGAUCAGCUACCGCAGCGUCCAGCAGCAGGAGCUGGACCUGCCAGUGCCUGUGAACAUUUCAAACUAUCGCAAACCAAACCUCGCCCGGUCUGUCACCAUGAGGGACAUGUUUGCACGCAGCUGCAGCAUCAGCACUGAUGUGUAGCUGCCUGGAACUUGGCGUAGGUUUAUGAUUAAAUGGCUCGUGAAGGCCUAGGAUGGACUGGGCUUGAGUCAGACUUGUUUUUUUCGUCAUCUUGACCAGUUUAGUCCAGUCUUCUAUUGUGUGAUGUAGUCUGGUCUCAUUCUCCUGGUCGCCUCUUGCAGAAUGGAGGACUCAGAUGGCUCUCAGGAUUGCAUUUUUAAAGGUACUAUGCUCCGGUCCAGGACCUUACACUUGGACCAAUAUAGAACUAAAAGUAUUUGUUGAAUUAAAAAUGUAAAAUUAUCAAUAACAUGAACUUGUUUUGAAUAUUUCUUCUUUUUGAUUUUUGAAAAAUAAUGGAAUUGGUUUUGAGAUUGGAGUAUAUUUGCUUCGCCCUACUUCCCCCGGCCUUCUCUACCCAUGGCCUGAAAGACAGAGAGAUUCCCUCUAUGUCAUGAUUGGCAGGGAUUUACUCUCUGCCAUAGCUGCUACAAACACAAUACGAUUAGGAGAAGUCCGGUGAUUUCCUUUUUUCUAUUGGGAUGAUCUGUCUCUUCCUCCAUCCACAGAUUAUGGAGAUUAUAAAGUAUAACUCGCCACCAGUGGAAGGACUAGAGAACAGAGGCGGGGGGGGGGGGGUCUUGUCAUGUUUUAGCUGCCACCCACAAACAUUUUAAAUGGAUCCAACUUAAGGCCAUAAUAUUUUAAGACAUAAAGGGCUCAUGGAAGAUGUAAAAAUAAAAGCGGCUUGUUUUCCACAUCCUGUCAUGGAGGUCUCCGGUUUGACGAGAGGCUGGUUUCUCUGAGCGCCUGCUAACAACACCGAGUGUGUAAACAACAUUGUACACUUAAUUAGAGAAAGACCUCAGUGUUUUUACAGGCAGGGUGGAUGAUAGGUGCCAAAGGGGGCUGGGCUCUUGUAUUUGUGUGCAUAUGUGUGAGCGUGCCUGAAUGCGUGUGUGCUGUGUGUGUGUGUGUGUGUGUGUGUGUGUGUGUGUGUUUGUGUGUAACUUGAUUGAUUGUUAUAUUUAUCUCAUACCAUUAAACACCAUCUGUCACCGCUAUGAACCCAGUGUUGGGUUGCAAUAACAUUUCAAACAUCUAUCAUAAAGCGUAAAAUUGUGAGGUAAAGUUUCUAGAAACCCUUUUCGUAAAAGGUGGUUCAAGGGACGACUCGGGGCAAUGUAAUCUGGAACCAGUUCUUUGUGUUUAGACAGCCAGAGAACCAGCUCUCGAAUUUAGUUCCAACACAUGAAGAAGAAAGGCUGGUGGUGGGAUUAUUGUGACCAAUAAGACCAACGAACACAUUGCAACCACCAUUUAAAGAAAAAUCCAACUGAGCUUGCGUUCUGUGUAGUCAGCAAAGAAGAUUAGAUAUUUUGAAGUAUUGACCAGUCAUGUUCAGAUGCCAAUGUUCCUUUGCAAAGCCACGACUAACACUUGAAAAGAGACCCUGUCGUCCUCCAUUGUCAAUGUUGAUGUUUGAAGUCGCCGCUAGUGUUUCUGGGUAAUCGGAGAUGAAAUGGUUUGAGCCCCUUGCAAAGGAAACUGUUUUUUAACCAAGUCAGAAACAGCCCUGGCACCAGGUUCACUUUGGUUGAAAUAGGAGAACAUGUGCCACUUCACCCUAAAUUCAACUAAAAUCCAUUUCCAUGCAAAGAAUGUCCCAAACAGCAGAAAGGAGAAACUCUUGAGUCGGUUACUUUCCUGAUUAAUGCUGUAACACAGGUUCAAGCUGUGGGUGUCACUCAGACGCAAACGGGUGUUUUUAUGGCAACACUUCUAAAUUCAUUAUCGUUCUCCACUGAUGGAUCAGUUUGUGGUCUGCAAAUCCUUGUGUUGUCGCUGAUUUCACCUUUAAAGACACAUGUAUAAAUAUUUAACAGGCCAUAACAAACACUACAGUCGCUCUCUCGACACGUUGGACUGAGGAGUAUUUGCUUUUGCUCCUCUGACUUCUUGGGAUUGUUCUUUUUUUUUUUUGGACUGGGGUGCUGAUAUUCAGACUGAAGGAGCAGCGGCUGAGUUUUAUAGACACACAUUUAAUGAAUGAAAGUAUUUACUGGUGGCGGUGUGAGGAGUUUGAAGCUGAUUGAAUGUCCCUUCUUAGAUAACCCCUCCCCCACGGCGCUGCCCAAAUGGAUGGUUAAUCCUCUCUCUCUCUCUCUCUCUCUCUCUCUCUCUCUCUCUCUCUCUCUCUCUCUCUCUCUCUCUCUGUCUCUAUCUAUUGGAUUUCAUCAAAAAUCAUGCUCAUUAUUUUCCAAAGAGUAAAACAGUAACUGACGUUGUUUUUAGUUUUUCCUCUUGUGAAAUGUGCUUUCCUGCUAAUACACCACAACACAAUACUCACACACACACACACACACACACACACACACACACAUUAGUUUGUCAAUGCUAUGCUUUUCUUAUUUUUUAAACUGAAACUAUGUGACAGUCGCACAGGAAUUGUAGUGCCAUAAUGAAUACUAGAAGAAAUAUUAUUAUUAUUAUCAUUAUCAUUAUGUUUACUAGUGUAUAUUCAAAUGCAGUGUUGCUUUUACCUUAAAGUAUCUGAAUUACUCGCGUUAUUUUAUGAGCUAGCUGGUUUUUCAGACUCAGUACAGUACAGCAGAAAUGUUCCUUGUUUCUAAUGUAUAACUAACGAACACAUUGUUGCUAAUAAAAUGUUGUGAAAAUC